AUACUUUAGUUUUUGUUUUAAUCAGAAUGAGAGCUUAUCUAUUGAUCUGUGCUUUGGUUGUGGCCUGCUUUGCAUCUGCUGCAGUGGCACGCACCAUGAACCGUUGCUCCCUGGCCCGAGAGAUGUCCAACUUGGGUGUGCCGCGGGACCAGUUGGCCCGUUGGACGUGCAUUGCCCAGCACGAGAGCUCCUUCCGCACUGGGGUGGUGGGCCCUGCCAAUUCCAAUGGCUCCAACGACUACGGCAUCUUCCAGAUCAACAACUACUACUGGUGCGCUCCCCCCAGCGGUCGCUUCUCCUACAACGAGUGCGGCCUGAGCUGCAACGCCCUGUUGACCGAUGACAUUACCAAGUCGGUUAGAUGCGCCCAGAAGGUGCUCUCCCAGCAGGGAUGGUCCGCCUGGUCCACCUGGAAGUACUGCAGUGGUUCUCUGCCUUCCAUCAACGAUUGCUUCUGAUACUCGGCGUAAUCUUGUCCUUGUUCUACUCGCAGUCCAAUAAAGGAAUUACCACAGACUUUUGAAAUUGUGAA